AAUGUCCAAGUCCAAGAACCACACCAACCACAACCAAAUCAAGAAGGCCCAUCGUAACGGUCUUAAGAAGCCUAUUGCUCACAAGUAUGGUACUCAAAAGGGUUUGGAUGCCAAGUUCCUCCGUAACCAACGUUUCGCCAAGAAGGGUACUCAAAAGGCUAUUGCCGCUGCUGCCACCAAGGCUUAAAUAUUUUUUUUUUCUGUAUUAAACUAGCCCCCAACACUUUUUCAUACAAAAAGGAGAAAAAAAAAUCACUCAGUCUUACUUUU